AUGGAAUCCCAAGCACCAGCUGUGCGGCCAUUGCAACGGGUCGACGCCUCGGAUCUCGAAGGCCUGAAAGACGCUAUCGUUAAGGAUGGCGCAGUGAUCAUUCAGAACUUUACGAGACCUGAAUUGGUGGACAAAGUCAAUGAGGAUGUGCGUCCGUUUCUCGAGAGUGACAAGCCUUGGAUAGGCGCCAUGUUUCCGCCAGAGACUCGCAGAUGUCCUCGUCUCAUCUCCCGAAGCCAGACAGUCCGAGAGAAAUGGCUUCUUAGCCCUUCGAUCGAUUACCUUACGGAGCUCUUCUUGGCGAAAACCACUUACAAUUACUAUGGUGCUGAGAAGCAUUGCUAUACGACACAUCCGGUGGUGCACAUAUCCUUAACUAUCGAGAACCGACCGGGAGGCAAGGCGCAGCGUUUGCAUCGAGAUGACAAGAACUUCCAUGCCGAUCAUUUCGACCAGACGGCUUCAGGAUACCAUAUCGGCUCGGACGUCAGUAUGGGAUUCCUGAUUCCCGGAGUGGAAACCACGGUUGAGAACGGCGCGACCCAAGUGAUCCCAGGCUCGCAUCUCUGGGGUCUAGAAAGGUGGCCCAAGGUGGAAGAGGUCACCUAUGCGACGAUGGAGAAAGGCGACUGCUACUGCAUGCUCGGAGGCACGUAUCACGCCGGCGGCGCCAACGUCACGCAGGACCAAAACCGGCCGAUGCAUGGCAUCUUCUUCUCCCGCGGAGUUCUGCGUUCAGAAGAAAACCAGUAUCUUAUUCACUCCAGGGACGAAGUGCUCUCGUGGUCUUUAGAAAUUCAGCGCAAGAUGGGCUUCCAUCUAUCAAGUCCAAAUAUCGGCUUCGUCGACUUCAUGAGUCCUGUCGAAUGGAUGAAAGGAGUUGAGAGAGAGCACUGGGUCGAUCCAGAUCCGGCUUUCACGGGAGCAUUAGAGAAUUGA